CAGGCUCUGUUCAAUCUUGGGUUAGUUAUACAAAUAUUGGUCUCCACUGUGGGGCUCUAUGGGUGUAGGAUUAGCUGGUUGGGACGUUUUCUUUCCUUUCCCCCAUUUUUUUUGUAUCACGUGUUAACGGACUCACACUCCAGUCCAAUUGGUGGCGGUAAUGCACCUUUUUGGUUGCCAACCGCCAUUUAAAAAACAGAUAAGUAUUGACGUAAACAUGACCAAGAACAAUUUUCUCGUUAGGGUUUUUAUUUAGACAUUAACAUUAUGUAACUCAAAAUAUUACUAAUCUAACUGCUCAGCAUCUUUAAAUCGCGUUGGAGACAGGACUUGGUUGAUAUAUGUUAUCUAUGUAACGCUAGCUUGCUAGUCGUUAGCAAACAAUGGCCAUGGGUUUUCACACUCAAAUAGCCUCCAUUAUGGAGGUGCUAGCGAAUGCAGCCGUGGCAGAGGUCUGUAAACUCGUAGACGACGACUAUGCAGUGUUUCGUUUGGAAAUAACUCAAAGCCAGAAAGAAAACAGGGUUUUGCGGAGGAAACUACAGCUACUGGAGCUGAAGGUGUCACGGGAGCGCGCAGAGAGGACAACGCGAGAGCGCGCACACUCCAGUCGUCCCAGCAGUGUCAAGAUUCUCGACCGAUACAGAGGAAUGGAAAGAGGACAUCUCACUGGAGGCCACAGGAGCUUUGUGAAGCCAGCGGGACACAAUACAUGGAGAGAUGACCAACCAAUCACUGUUGAUGAGGGUAGUGGAACCUCAACCCAGCACAUUAUUGUGAUAGAGGAUGCAGAUGCAGAGGCUGCAAGUCCUGGAGGAUCAUCCCUGGUCAAGCAGGAGAGGACUGAAGAAGGGGACCCACGACACAGCAUCACAGAGGAGGAGGAGGGUCCAGAGGAGCUGCUAGUGAAGGAGGAGGGGUGUGAGGAGGGUCUGGGGAACACUAAGGGGACCAUGGUCAUAGAUGACAACCAGACUACACCUCUUCCUGAACCCACAGAGGAACCAGCUGAGCAGCACAGGACCACACACAGUCUCAUUGAGUCAGUAGACAUGGAGGAUGGGAAGCCUGAUCUGCUGCUGGUCAAAGAGGAGACAAUAGAAGAUGGACCAGAGAGCAUUGAUCUGCUGAGUGCACUAAAGAUGGGGGAGCAAGGUGGUUGGCUGGAGGCUAACAGAGGUGACUGGGUGGCCAUCUUGGAUUCCCAGACCCAGACGGGUGCAGUCAAUAGCCCGGGGGACGACAUCACUGAGCAGGCCAGGACCAGAGGUGACAUAGUGGAGGUCAGUGGAUGGGACAGCGUCUUCAACUCUGGGCAGGGGAAUAACACUGUUAACCAGAAACGGACUGUCGAACACAAAACAACAACUGAACUUAGUCUCCAGGACUGCAGACUGGCUGAGACCAGGACGAGGCGUAGAUUUUGUCUGCGUGGACGGGGAGGUUUCGGUAUGCGUCUGGAGAGAGAAGAGACUGACUCGGUUAGCGAUGCUCCAUCCUGCUCCUAUAGUUGUGAUUCAGAGAGACUGAUGGUGCCUCAGGUUAACCCCCUAACAGGUGCUGCCUUCAGCCUGCCUUCUAUAGGAUCUAUCAACUGGAACAUGGACCCUGCGACACAGACACUCCCUGGCCUUCAUCCUCCUCACACUCUCCUAAUGUUAAACCAGACCUCAGACAAUGCCAGUGCCUCAACACUAAAUGGCUACACAAGCCCAUUGACAAAUGACACUAGUAGAGAUGGAAUCAGUAAAGGUGGCAGCGCCAAAGAGAAGCGCUUCCCGUGUUCGUUCUGUGGGAAAGCCUUCCGUUUGCCCAAACAGGUGGAGAUCCAUCAGAGGAUGCACACAGGGGAGAAACCAUUCGGCUGCCACCUGUGCCGGGCCAGUUUUUCAGACUCGUCCAACUUGAAGAGACACCAGAGGGUCCACACAGGGGAGAAACCCUACAGCUGCCCCCAGUGUGAGAAGAGGUUUUCCCGCCAGCACCAUAUGAAGAUGCACCUGAAAGUCCACACGGGAGAGAGACCAUUCGCCUGUACACACUGUGGGAAGAGGUUCUCAGAGAGGAGCUAUCUCAGGAUACACCAGCAGAAAAUGCACACGGCCCAUGUAUAGAGUGUAGUGAUAUGUAAUGUACUAGUUAGUUUGUAGUUAAUUCCGUUGGUUUUGGAUGUAGUAGGGAACUGGAUGAGGUGAACUGAGGAAAGAAUGAGUAUGAUGAGACAGAGAAGAUCAGGGGUUAUCAACAGGAUAGAUGAUAUGGUGAUGGUUGGUGUCUGCUAAAAUGCCUCACUGAUGAAUGGAAAAACCUUGUCCGGUUGUUUUGAUGCUGGUGUUUUAUAAUGAGGAAAUUAUAAUGCCUUAAUUCAUGUUUACUUAUACUGAUCAUGACAAUGGGGUGAAACUCCAGGACAGCAGUUGUGAUAGUCCAUUCCAUAAUGUCCAUUUUACUUUGACCUGUCCUGUUUUUAGGAUAUGUAUCUUUGUUAACAUGACAGCUCAUUUUUUUUAUUUUAAUUGAGCGCCAUUUAGGUUAGGCUAUUUGAUCGGAGAAACCUGCAUGAUGUAAAAAGUGUAUGUCUCACUACAUUGUCAUACAUUUUAUCUCCAGCCUGUAUACAGAAAAUGCAACGUACUCUUUAUACAAUAUGCUAUAUCUGCUACAUGAUUUGUUAGAUCAUUUUUUGGACUGAACGUUGGUUGAGCGCUGCAGAGAUGCGUCUUUCCAACAUCACCCCGGAGAGGCACGCUGGUAAUGAACAAGCAACAUAUUUUGCGCCCCUGCCUUUGACAAAGUGGCCACUGCUUAUCAAAGGGUUGCAUCACCGCUCACCUAAAAACCCUUAUAUCACUGGUUGAGAGAAAUUGUCAUUGUUUUGGGGCAGAAAUAUGUGAAAUUUUAUGUGUUGGUGUUGGAGGUGCGUCUUGGUCAGUUUAGCUCAGAAAAUGCCGCCCUUGUCAAUCUGCCACCAUGGGCGGCCCCCUAAUCCUGCCUAAUGAGUGGGCAGGCCAUGCCUAUAGCAUAUCAUAAUUGCAUCAAUGAAUUAUAUAUCAAUGGUUAUAACAAACUCUGAACAUCGUAACACCAAAAUGGAUGCAGAGGACAUGACAAAUAAACUCAAAGGGGGGAAUAUUUACAGGUUGCUCAGGAGGUAAAGGGAAAGUGGAAUAAAUGUGACUAGUUAUGGAAAAUACUGGAGAUCAAAAAGGAGGUAAGGAGCCAGCACUGCGUGUAUACAGUGAGGGGGAAAAAGUAUUUGAUCCCCUGCUGAUUUUGUACGUUUGCCCACUGACAAAGAAAUGAUCAGUCUAUAAUUUUAAUGGUAGGUUUAUUUGAACAGUGAGAGACAG